UUACGUAUCUUUUAUUGUGUUUCAAUUUGUUAUAACAUUAGAGUGUAUCAAAGUUUGAAAUUGUUUAGAUUUUUUUUUGUUUCGGUGGAUAUUUGUGUUGUGACUUUUAUUUGGGAUUUAAUCAGAAGUUUGGAUUGAUUAGAUCAAAAUGAAGAAGCACAACAUAGCUCUGAUAUCGAUAUUGAGUUGUGGUGCGGUGGCGUUGCUGGUCAGUAUUGGCGCGUAUUUGUACGUACGACGCCGUCGACGCAAGAGGGAGGAUGAUGAAGACGGCGCCAGUUGCGCUAUACGAGCCGACCAGUCUGGAUCAGACAGCGGAAGAGAGAAAAACAUAACCAGAUUAAAUGGGUUUUUAAACUUGAAAACACCUCUCAUCACUACAAAAACUCUGGGAGCACAGCUUGAGACAACAUCUACCAGUUCGCCGCAAGCCAAGUCUCCAGCUGGCAGCAGUGCGGGAGCAGUCGCCAGCGCGUCCACCGCGCCCGGGGAACGCACGCCCACCGCACACAACAAGCAGCUGCAAAAUGUCAAGGGUCAAGACCAUCCGCCGCAUCCAUCCAUGGCGUUCCUGCAGAACCGUUCCAUCUCGCUGGUGGACAUGUACAUCGAUAACUCGGAGCCGUCAGAGAACGUCGGGCAGAUCCAUUUCUCCCUCGAAUACGAUUUCCAGAACACAACUCUGAUAUUGAAGAUCAUACAGGGCAAAGAGCUGCCUGCAAAGGACCUGAGCGGCACCUCAGAUCCGUACGUGCGGGUAACCUUGCUGCCAGACAAGAAGCACCGGCUGGAGACGAAGAUAAAGCGGCGGACACUGAACCCGCGCUGGAACGAGACCUUCUACUUCGAGGGUUUCCCCAUACAGAAACUGCAAAGCCGGGUACUACACCUGCACGUGUUUGACUACGAUCGCUUCUCCAGAGAUGACUCCAUUGGAGAGGUCUUCUUACCACUCUGCCAGGUGGAUUUCAGUGAGAAACCAUCGUUCUGGAAAGCACUGAAGCCCCCCGCCAAGGACAAGUGCGGGGAGCUACUGACGUCACUCUGCUAUCACCCCAGCAACAGCGUGCUCACGCUCACGUUGCUUAAGGCAAGGAACCUUAAAGCCAAGGACAUUAAUGGAAAAUCAGAUCCGUACGUCAAAGUUUGGUUGCAAUUCGGUGAUAAACGCAUAGAGAAGCGUAAGACUGCGAUCUUCAAAUGCACUUUGAACCCCGUCUUCAACGACUCCUUCUCGUUCAACGUGCCGUGGGAGAAGAUCAGGGAGUGCUCCCUCGACGUCCAAGUUAUGGACUUUGAUAACAUCGGGCGUAAUGAACUGAUUGGAAGAAUACUCUUGGCCGGGAAGAAUGGUUCCGGCGCCACGGAGACGAAACAUUGGCAGGAUAUGAUCACAAAACCGCGGCAGACCAUCGUGCAGUGGCAUCGCCUCAAGCCUGAGUAAAUGCAUUGUUGAAACAUAAAAAUAAAUAAAUUUUAUACCGGAGAAAGUUGAUACAAAACGUCAUAAGACUGAAUGGUUAACAAAAAAAUCUAAAACGCCUCGGAAAAAAAUAUCUUCUUCAGUCACUUUGUGGUUUCUAACCGUAGAUUUUCAAUACCGAAACACCUGUACAAAAUACAUUGCUAUUUCUAUUUUCUCAAAGAGAAUGAGGAUGAUGGCAAAAUAUUUUUGUACGUGUUUCAGCAGUGAAAACUCACGGUAACGCUGUGCACAAUUUCUUUCGUUACCUUCAUGACUUCGACAUUUUCUUUACACUGCAACUACAAAACACAAUUAUCUCCUUUAUUUAUGGUUUUUAAUUUAUUUAUUUACAUUACAGAAAUUACAUUUUUCUUCUCGUAAUAAACUUCUUUCUAAAUCUCUUCUGAAAUCCUACAUAAUUUGUUCUAAUUUAUUUAUUCGACUUUUAGGUUUCUUAUUUUCUGAAAUGAUUCGACUACAGCUAAUUUUUUUUA